CCGGUCCAAACAAAAUACGACGUCGUUUACGGAGCUUCAAAGCUUGAGAAACCGAAGUUUGCUUGAAGCUUCUAUUUUCAUUUCAACAACAAUUCAGAAAGAUUCAAUGAUGGCUGUUUUCACUCCCAUCACAACAUGCACCAAGAGCAUUGUAUGCUUAGUUGGGAACGUGCAAAGACACACGAUUGUCCGUGUUUCUGAUGCGUUCCAGCACCCGUCGUGCUGUUGCUCCACCCUCAGCAAACACGCGGGACUAAAUCAUUUAACCAGCAAUACAAAGUCUAGUAGCUCUUUAGGAUGUCAUUCACUGACAUUUAAAGGCCCUGUUGGUCGUCGGGAUACCCGUGUCAACAUUUCAGCUGGUUACGGGGAUUUGAAUUUGAGGCUUUUGAUGCUCAAACGAGGCCAGGGCUCAAGUGUUAAAUGUAAAGUAGGGCCUUUUUCUUUGAGGCAACGCAGUGUGUCAGCCGGCCUUUUUAUUGGACUAAUGGUCUGUUUUUCGACUGCUCAACCUUCAUAUGCUGAGUCACAUGAGGGGAAUGAGAUGAGGCGAGAUUCUUGUGCCGGGGAUUCAAAUAGCAAGAACGUCCUGGCAGACUACACUGUGAUUGGUAUACCUGGAGACGGGAGAUGCUUGUUCCGUUCUGUUGCUCAUGGAGCUUGUAUCCGACUGGGAAAUCCAGCACCAAACGAGAACGCGCAAAGAGAACUAGCUGAUGAGUUAAGGGCUCGAGUGGCGGAUGAGUUUAUCAAGAGAAGAGAAGAAACAGAAUGGUUCAUAGAAGGUGAUUUUGAUAAAUACGUUUCACAAAUAAGGAAGCCUCAUUCUUGGGGAGGCGAACCUGAAUUAUUAAUGGCAUCUCAUGUCCUACAGAUGCCAAUCACUGUAUACAUGCGCGAUGAAGAUUCUGGCGGCUUGAUAUCUAUAGCCGAGUAUGGGCAAGAAUAUGGAAAAGAUGAUCCCAUUAGAGUUCUUUACCAUGGAUAUGGUCACUAUGAUGCUCUGCACCUUCCUGCUAAGAGAGGGGCAAGGCCUCGACUCUGAGACUCUUGCUCGAACGUGGUAGAUGGCCUUUUUUUGACCGGAACUUAUUAAGGGUUGAUGCCUCUAUAACGUCUUGGCUCAUAUAUGAGUUUCAUGUACACUAACAUUACUUAUCUUUAGGGAUAAUGGCCUCAAAUUUGACAAAAUUACUUAAAAAAAUAAAUAUUCUUUACUAUUA